AUUUGACAGUACAAGCAACAGCAUUCUCCAAAAAGGGGUGACAACCUGUGUUUUGUCGUAUUUUUUUGCUCAUGAUUUAAGCGCGUAUCAUCCCGAUAAAAUUUGACAAUUUUAGUUCCGCAAGUCGAUAUUAGUCUAGAACAGAAUUAGAUCGCACUUGCAAAGUGCUCGCCGCGGGGUAGCUCCAUCCCCCGCCUGUAUGGUCCGGAGCAUAGGUCGGUGAUGAUGGCGACCAGCAACCUCGGCCAGCUGCAAAAGGGGCUCGUCGCACUGGCAGGUGUAGCGGCUUUAGCCACAUUGCUGGCUUCAAGGCAGCGUCAGAGAAUCCAGACGAAGCAGCCAUGGCUCGAUGGUCCUUUAAGAACUCUUUUACCUGAGCUCUCGGCCACAGAAGCUGAGGCACUGCCGUACCCGCCAGACGCACUACCCGGCAGGAGAGACGUCCCGACGCCAUACGGUGUCAUCCACGUCUUCGAAUGGGGUCCCGAGGAUGGAGAGCGUGUGCUGUUUGUGCACGGCAUUGGCACUCCCUGCGUUGCGCUCGGCGGCAUGGCGGCUGAGCUGGUCGAGAUGGGGAAAUGCCGGGUGAUGGUGUUCGAUUUGUUUGGUCGAGGCUACUCAGACGCACCGUCCGACCUGCCCUACGACAUGCGCCUGUACACAACCCAAAUACUACUAGUCCUGGCAUCGUCCCACCUCCCCUGGACUGGUGAUGAGGGCUUUCACCUGGUCGGGUACUCCCUCGGCGGCGGCAUCUCGGUGCCCUUUGCAACCUACUUCCCGCACAUGGUGCGCUCGCUAACCCUCGUCGCCGGAGGUGGGCUCAUCCGCGAGAGCCACGUCGGCUGGCGUAGCAGGUUGCUCUACUCAUCUGGGUGGUUACCCGAAGGGCUGUUGCAACGGCUCGUCAAGUCGAGACUGAUGCCACAGACAUCCGGGUCCACGGAAGAGCAGCAAGGCAGUUUUUUGAAAGAGGGAGUGGUCAUGGAAGCCGCCGAGGCACCGCCGCAAGACCUCGGGGUCAGACCGCAGGGCAACAGCGACGCCAGCGGCGGCGAAUCGUUCGACAAGGCCGUGCUCCCCGGCGGCGCGACCGUUUCGUCAGUCAUGAGCUGGCAGCUGCGGCACCACUCUGGCUUCGUGCCGGCAUUCAUGAGCACGAUACGGCACGCGCCCAUCUACGGGGAGUGGGGGCACUGGCGGCGGUUGGGAUCACUGUUGGCCGAGCGGAGGGUCGUUGGGGGCUCAACGCCGCGGGGUUUGGUGGGAGGCAAGGUGCUGUUGGUUCUCGGCAGGACUGACCCCGUGAUUGUGAAGGAGGAGCUCGUUCACGAUGCGACUGAGGCUUUGGGACAAGAUGGAUUCGAGGCUGCUGUGCUCGAGGCAGGUCAUGAGAUUGCGCUAACCAAGGGGCACGACAUAGCUAGAACGAUCAUCCGUUUCUGGGAGGAUACCAGGGCGACCGAUGCUGUAGACUUGGCCUUGUCUGAGAACCGAGGAUAACCCAGAGCUAUGUAGAAUCAGGGGACAUGGGAAGAGACGAAUAGAAGGGCAAUAUGUAGACGAGCCACAGAUGUUUAGAUGGUUCAAGCAGAGGGAGUGCGAUAUACAACUUAAUUAUAUAUCAAAAAGUUAUCUACCAAGUAUACCUGGUAGUAAGUAGUAAUACAGUAUUUAGGACAA